GGCGAUGAUAAAAUUGUCAAAUGGACGGGGUUGACUCAGUUUUUAUAUAAAUUAUGAAAUGAAAUUUUUUGUAUUACUAAUUUACAUUUGUUUGGGUUUCAAAUGCGGACACCCGAUAAACCUAAAAAAUUUCUUUACUUCCACAACGCCUUACUCUUCAGCUGAUCAUGAAAUUGCAUUUCCGGUUUGCGCAAAUUGUACAAGUGAAAAACACUUCCGUACCAGCACUGAUUUCUACUGCCACUACGAAGAUGACUCAUCAAUUGAGGAAAGAGUUGGAAAGCUCAGAAAUACGUAUGCGGAUUGCUUGCCGGACCAGUUUAUCAUGACUCGGAAAAUACAAAGGUAUUGCUGCUUUCGGUCACCGGAAUUGGGAUGCUCUGCGCUCAUCGGAAGGAAAUUCUACGAUAAAAAAAUAUAUAGCUGCAAAACAUGCAAGCGAUUUUGCAGCGGGAUGAAGCAAACCUAUGGCGAUGACCCGGAUGGAAGUAAUGAGGUCUUGGCCUACGGAUCCUUAGUAUUGCUGGCUUUUCUGGUACUCUGCACAUGUUAGGAUAAACUAUAUGCACUCUGCACUGAGUAUUGGGAUACCCAUUUAUAUAUACUUUAUAUUUUUGGACCCGUCAAAUUUACCAUAACUAACUGCCAAUAAAAGUGUGCCCAUAGUUAUGGUCGACUAUAUAUAUA